AUGUCGGAAAGAUCGUCACGUGACACCCUUAAUGCUUUUUGUGAUGGAGUCAUUAGGUUAUACCGACAUGAAUAUUUGCGUAGGCCAAUGCGUAAUGAUAUGCAACGCAUUUUUGAUCAUCAUGCGUCUUAUCAUGGUUUUCCCGUGGCUUGGCGUGACCAGUACACGCGAAGUGACCAUUACGGGCCGACGAUAUCGCUUGAAGCAGUGGCGUCACAGGAUUGCGGCACAACACCGGUGGUUCCUUUCACUGUAUAUGAAACCGAAUAUAAGUACCCGUAUUUUCUCGUGGAUGGGAUCUACCCAAGAUAUGCGAUGUUUGUGAAAAUGAUUCCUCAUCCAACCGGUGAGAAAAGGAUUCAAUUAGCACCAACAGAUGCUCGAUUAGCAGAAAAAAGGAUAUGCGAUGGGAUCCCCCGGUUGCGACACACCAUCAGAUGCUCGACUAGCAGAGAUACAAGACUCAAGCAUUCACGAAGAUCUUCGGAUGGAGCUUAUUGA